AUGGCAUUUUUCUUCGGCUCCAGUACUGAUCAAAAUCAUUGCAAUCGUUUAAAAGUUGAACAAUGUUUCAAAACUGCCUUUCAGACAAUGCGUAUUCGACGAAAUGUUGAUAACAAUCAAAGUCGAUCAACAGAAACGUCGAAAGUACGACAUCGAUGUUCGUUGAGAAGCGUAACACACGUGAUGAUGCCAAGAAAUCAGCACUUAUGUGCUGCAAAUCGACAUUACUUAUCGUGUUUCAAUAAUGACGCAUGCCAAGAUGAUUAUACGGCACACAUUGCAUCAACUGUAUUUAACCAAAUUCACGGGCGCAUUUUACCGAUACAAAUGUUUUUAGCACAUCGAGGAUAUGCUCUACGGCUAUGCUCACAGACUUGCUCACAUGAAAGUCGCAUGAAAUGUCAACAAAUGCUAAGCAUUGAGGAACGACAGGAAGAGCAAGGAAAUUACUUGAAAUUGGUGAAAAUAGCAAAGAAAAUAAGUCUAUCAGAUUUUGUUGAUGAAAUUAACCUAUGCCAUCGCUUUAAAAUGACAUUAAGGAAGCUUAUCCAGUACCGUACACGAUUUUGUGGUGAAGUAGCGAAAUGUAUUUGCAAUGAUAUGAAUAUUCAGGCAGGUGUGAUGCAUUGUAAAGCAGGUUGUGAUAGUAUUGUUGAAAAAAUUACAACAGUUAAAUCAAGAAGAAAUAAAAUUUCAUCAAAAGCAAAUGCAAUUUCAUUUAAUAAUUUUAUUACUUUAUUCAUUCUAUUCAGGUUAUCGUAA